AUGGACAUCAGAGGAAGUGAGCCAAUCGCUAUCGUGGGAAGUGGCUGUCGCUUCCCUGGUGGAUCUUCAUCCCCAGCAAAACUAUGGGAACUACUUAGCCAGCCUCGAGAUGUGUCAAGCAAAAUUCCCGAGGAUCGAUUUAACUGGCAAAGCUUUUACCAUCCCGACGGUGCUCACCAUGGUACGACAAACACAGCACGAGGAUAUUUCCUCGAAGAAGGCAUUCGCGACUUCGACCCUAAGUUUUUUAAUAUUCCUCCCUCAGAAGCAGACACAAUGGAUCCACAGCAGCGUUUGUUACUCGAGGUUGUUUACGAAGCUAUAGAAUCAGCUGGCAUGACUCUUCAAGGAUUGCGAGGCACGCGGACAGGAGUUUUUCUAGGCAUGAUGAGCUGUGACUAUGAUGACAUUUUGCUCGAAGACUUGGAGUCUGUGCCCACAUACACCGGUACAGGAAUCGAGCGUAGUAUGCAUGCAAACAGAAUUUCGUAUUUUUUUGACUGGCAUGGACCAUCGAUGAGUAUUGACACGGCGUGCUCCUCAAGCAUGAUGGCCAUCUAUUUGGCAGUGCAGGCUUUGCGGAACGGGGAUGCUUCAAUGGCAAUCGCGGCUGGAGCCUCAUUGAUUAUUGGACCUGGUAACUUUAUAGUUCUGAGUAAUCUAAACAUGGUGGCGCCUGACGGUCGAUCCAAGAUGUGGGAUGCAGAAGCCGAUGGCUAUGCGCGUGGUGAAGGCAUCGGCGUUGUGGUUCUCAAGCCACUCAGUGCAGCACUGAAAGAUGGAGAUUCAAUAGAAUGUGUCAUUCGUGAAGUCUUUGUCAACCAGGAUGGCCGUACCCAGGGAGUCACUGUGCCAAAUGGGAGUGCUCAAGCAGAUCUCAUCCGUCAAACAUACAGACGUGCUGGUCUAGAUCUCAAUCGUGUACUCGACCGUCCACAGUACUUUGAGGCUCAUGGUACUGGUACUCCAGCUGGUGAUCCCCAGGAAGCACAGGCAAUUUCCAGGGCUUUCUUUGGUGCAGAUAAUACUGUGUCUAUUGAGAGUCCGCUGUACGUUGGAUCUGUUAAAACAGUCAUUGGUCACACUGAGGGUGCAGCAGGUAUUGCGGGCAUUCUGAAAACAUCAUUGGCUCUUCAACAUGGAUAUCUCCCUCCCAACCAGCACUUCAACUCUCUCAGCUCUUCAGUCGCUCCAUUUGCCGAAAAUUUGGAAAUUCCCACGUCUCUGCUCCCUUGGCCUUCGAUCCCAGAUGGUGGUCCAAGAAGAGCCAGUGUUAAUAGCUUCGGAUUUGGCGGUUCAAAUGCGCAUGCCAUUUUGGAGUCCUUUAAUCCCGUGACGCAAAUCAUCAAGCAGGACGCUCCUUUCCAAAGUCCUUUAUCCCCUUUCACAUUCUCAGCCCCAUCUGAGAAGAGCCUCAGGGCAGUCCUGCGUCGCACAGCAGAGCAUCUCCAAGAUUUCCCCGACACCAACAUGCGUGAUCUCGCCUACACACUACAAGUCCGUCGGUCUAUUUUCCCCUUUCGCACAACACUCUCGGCUCUCAAUGCCAUUGAACUGUGUAAAAAGAUUCAUUCAGAGCUGGAGAUCUCUAAAGAGAGUAACAGUUCUGCAAUCGGAGUUCGCGCACUGUCGAAUCCCAACAAGAAGAUACUUGGUGUUUUCACAGGCCAGGGAGCACAAUGGAUGGGCAUGGGCAAAGAACUCAUCGCGCACUUACCCUAUGCUCAAGAAAUUUUGCACCAACUCCAACAAAAUCUGGACACCUUACCAGAUGUAGACAAACCAUCAUGGUCCCUUCGUGACCAGUUAUUUGCUGACCCUGAGACUUCACGCCUCAACGAGACCGCAAUCUCCCAACCAUUAAUUACAGCCAUCCAAAUAAUAUUGGUCUGUUUACUCCGACAAGCUGAUGUCGAGCUCACCGCAGUGGUUGGUCAUUCAUCUGGUGAGAUCGCAGCAGCUUAUGCGGCGGGUUUCAUUACCGCUGCGGAUGCUAUUCGCAAUGCCUACUACCGGGGUCUCUUCGCAAAACUCGCAGCUGGGCCAAAUCAGGAAAAGGGAGGGAUGUUAGCAGCAGGUAUUUCCUUGGAUGAGGCUAAAGAGCUGUGCAGUCACCCUUAUUAUAGGUACCGGGCUAUGGUUGCAGCCAGCAACUCGCCUGUCAGCGUGACUCUUUCUGGGGACAUCGAUGCGAUCGAGAGUCUGAAAUUCCAUUUAGACGAAACAAAGAAGUUCUGUCGUCCACUGCGUGUUGAGGCGGGUUAUCAUUCACAUCACAUGAACCCUAUUGUACCGGUGUAUGUUCAAGCCCUUGAGGACUGUGGGGUCGAAGCGAUUAUGCCUGGAAGUGGUCACCCUCGUUGGUGGUCAAGUGUGCAUCCAAGCGUUGGGCAUGUGAAGUUCACGAAAGAGCUUGAUAUCGAGUACUGGAAAGACAACAUGGUCCAGUCAGUCUUGUUCAAUGAAGCUGUGGAGAACGCAGUGACUUCCGCCGGUCCAUUCGACAUCGCCAUUGAGAUUGGGCCACACUCGGCACUUCGAGGACCUUUCCAACAAACUCUCAAUGCACUAUCACAAAACGAGAUUCCAUACAUCGGAUGUUUAACUCGUGGGAAAGAUGGCUUGGAGGCAUUCUCGGAGACACUUGGGUCUAUUUGGUCUCUUCUUGGUCCCUCGGCUGUGAACCUUGAUGCCUUUGAACGUGGUGCGGCCCCUCACGUUGCUGAUCGAGCUUUUCUCCGGGGUCUUCCCCCUCAUCCAUGGAACUAUGAGCGCCCAUACUGGUUUGAAUCGAGGGUCGUCCGUGAAAAAUGGCACCCUCAAGGUGGACGUCACUCAUUACUUGGAGUAAUUUUGGGAGGCAGGACCGAAACCGAAGUCAAAUGGCGAAACUUUCUCCGCCUCAAGGAAAUACCUUGGCUUGAACAUCACCAAAUUCAUGAUCAGCCCGUCUUUCCCACAACUGCCUACAUGUGUAUGGCCUGGGAGGCGGCUCUGAAAAUCUCGGACGGACGCUCCAUCCAAUUGUUCGAGUUGCGCGACAUCAAAAUUGGCCAUGGGAUUCUUUUAAAUGACACGUCCGCCGGCAUUGAAGUCAUCUUUACUCUCACCAACAUCAUGAAACCUUCCAAGGUCACGAAUACCUUGCAUGCUCGAUUUCUCUGCCAUUCCUGUAUCAAUAAAGAUGAGAGUUUGCUGGUCCUUAAUGCUGAGGGAGAGAUACUAAUGACAUACGGCACGCCUUCGGUUUCUGAGCUCCCCGCAAUCCAUUCCCACGUGCCAAAUCUGGUGGAGACAGAUACUGAGGAGCUCUACAUUGCUUUUAAUAGAGUGGGAUAUGGCUAUUCGGGAGAUUUCAAGAGCAUGGUCUCCCUCAAGAGGAAACGGAACUAUUCAUCGGGCAUGAUACGAAGGGUACCCACAGAUUUGGUCAUUCAUCCCGCUACCCUGGACGCUGCCUUCCAGGCAGUAUUAGCGGCAACAAGCUAUCCUGGUGAUGGAGCCCUGUGGGCAGUUUAUACCCCAAUCUCGGUGCGCUAUGUCAGUCUCAAUCCAUAUUUUGCCACCAUGGAUGAUAAACGUGAUAAAACUUGGUGUUUUGAGGGUACGCUCAAGGAUUCUGGCGCUAUGCAUAGCGAGGGUACGGUUCAAGUGUAUCCGCAAGGAGGUUCGAAUGCUGUCUUCCAGAUGGAAGGUAUCACUGCAAAGCCAAUCCAUUCGAUGACUGAAGCGGAUGACCGAAGGCUCUUUUCGAAGAUUGUCCUCAAGCAAUCUUCAAUUGAUGGUGAUUUGGGUGCAGGCGAACAUGUAGCUUUCACGGAAGACUACCAGCUGGCUCAUCUCCUAGAGCGGAUUGCCCACUACUAUCUUCGCCAGCUAUUUCAGACUGUCGCUACACAUGAAGAAUCAGACACCUGGCUGCAUCAGCAGGACACUUUGAGCAUUUUAGCACGCAUUAUGAAUCAGGUUUCAACAGGCAAACAUAUUUGGGCUAAACAAGAGUGGAUUGCGGAUACGAAGGAAGAUAUCAUGGAGGCGGGGAAAGAAUUUGCACACAUCAUCGACUUUCACAUCAUGCAUUAUGUGGGAGAGAAUAUUUUAUCUGUGUUUCAUGGAGGAAAAACAGCGCUGGAAUACCUGACGAAGAGCAAUAUGCUGCAUGACUACUACCGCAACGGUUUGGGCUUUUCAAUUUUGAACAAUUGGCUAGCAGAGACUGUACAUCGGCUCAUUCAUCGCUUUCCGCAAAUGCACAUUUUGGAAUUUGGCGCUGGGACUGGCAUCACCACUGAGAAUAUUUUUCGGUCUACCGGCCUCCAGUUCGCAUCCUAUACGUUCGCCAAUUGCUCUCCUGGUUUUCUUGACUCUGCGCAGGAGCAAUUUAGGGAGCCUUUCAGCAAAGUACGGUAUCGCACUCUAGAUCUUGAAGCGGACCUUGCACUCCAAGGCUUCGAAGAGUAUAGCUUUGACCUCAUUAUUGCAUCCAAUAUCGUCCACAUCACUAAGUCUAUUGAAGCGGCAUUAUCAAAGGUUCGAAAUCUCCUACGACCUGGUGGGUAUCUCAUUAUAUCAGGACUCACGAACAGCACAUCCAUUCGAGAUCACCUAUUCAUGAAUGCAUUACCAGCACUAUGGUGCGGACUUGAUGAUGGGCGACAAUUCGCUCCACCUCUCGAAACAGCCCAGUGGGAUGACCUUCUGCGCAAGUCGGGCUUCUCCGGGGUGGAUGCCAUGCCACCUACGAAGCAUUCCUUGCUGUAUCCAGUCUCUAUCAUGGUUUCCCAGGCUAUCGAUCCCCGUGUGGAGUUUUUAAGAGAGCCCGUCUUCUGCCCCGAUCCAUAUCCAGGCGCGGCGGGUAAUCUUGGUGAGCUGUUGAUUGUGGGUGGGAAAGCCCUACGUACUUCCAAGCUUGUUCAACGGCUGUCUCUGGUCCUUUCGACAAAGUUCAUCAAGGUUUCCAUGGUGAAGAGCCUCGAUGAUGUUGCUCAAUUUUCAGGACCGAUUCCCGCAAGUAUUGUUUUUCUAGGAGACUUGGAUCAUCCAACAUUCGAGUCUAUCACCGAAGCUGAGUUCAACAGCAUCAAACGGAUGACCAGUGGGACGCGAAACAUGCUCUGGCUGACAUCUGGCAGCCAGGGUAGUGAGCCUUAUAACAAUAUGAGCAUUGGAUUUGGUCGAUCUCUGGUCUAUGAGAUGCCUGACAUGCGCCUUCAGUUUCUCGAUAUCAAUGAUCCCCAAGCUAUGGAUUCUCUCUAUGUUGCGCAACUGCUAUUAAGAUUGUGUGCGCUCGGUAACUGGGCAGAGACAGGACAGCUUGACAAUUUGCUCUGGACGUCUGAGCCGGAGAUCUACCUUCAGGGCGGCAAUGAGUACAUUCCCCGCGUGAUGCACGACAAAUCUCGCAACGAGCGCUAUAAUACUCGACAGCGAAUUGUCACUCGUAGAGCCAACGCUGCCACAUUGCCUGUUCAUCUAGAGGUGCGCGACACAUCUUAUAUUCUCACUGAGGGAUAUCCGGCGCCCUGGGAGACAGAGGGAAUAGUCACAAUUGAAGUGUUGAAGUCAACUUUAUCCGCCGUCUUCUUCCCAUCGUUCAGUUCGGCUUACAUCUCCUAUGGCGUGGUCAAAGGUACCUCCGAGGCAUUCAUUGUGCCCACACGUUCUAACGCUUCAAUCUUACACGUCCCUCGCGAAGCAAUGUCUUACUGCGGCACUCACACGAUUACCGGAGAGCAAGUCUUGGAAACGGUUGUCUGGCAGUUGAUUGCCAAUGUAUUGCUACAGAGCUCAUCCAGCCUGGGCAAUAUCUUAUUAUAUCAGCCGCCACGGGCUCUGCUUCCUGUGCUCGUUCGCACGUUAUCAAAGACAAGCAUAGAGCUUGUUGAGAUUGCGCAUAUUCCAACUUCACACCCUGAGGCAAGGCAAAUUAUCAUACCUCCAAGAGCGAUGGUACAUCACAUCAAAAAUCUUAUCCCCAAAAACAUAAAACUUUUUGUAGACUUCUCUGCGGAAGGGGGUCCCGGUGGCUUUGCAAGCUGCCUCCGUGCCUGUCUGCCUUCUAAAUGCAAUAAGCUAUACUCAAGUGAUCUUUUUGGCACUGGGGCUGGUUUUUCUAUGUUGGAUUGCGAGGAUUCAGAGUUUGCGAUCUCGGAUUUGACGACAGCAGUGACUGCUGCUCUGGAAAUCCUGGUCACUGCACAUUCAGCUUGGAACAUGAUGUUCAAAUCGCCAGAGGAGUGUACAAAACAGAUCCCAGGACAUAAUCUUCAGUUGAUAGUUGACUGGAAAGCAAGUUCCGAAGUGACUGUACAAGCUCAGCCGGCAACUGCUCAUGUCAACCUACGUCACAACAAAACUUACUUGCUAGUCGGUCUGACUACUGACCUCGGUCAGUUACUAUGUGAGUGGAUGAUCAGUCGUGGGGCUCGCAUCAUUGUGCUAGUAAGCCGAAACCCACGGGUAGAACAGAGUUGGCUAGACGCGCAAGAGAGAAAAGGCGCAAAAAUUCAUAUUUACACCACCGAUGUCACCAAAAAGCAAGAAGUUCGUGAAUUGUACGACGAGAUUAUUGCGGACCUACCACCUGUAGCUGGUGUGGCCAAUGCAGCUAUGGUCCUCAGGGACUCAUUGUUUAUGAACACAAAUUUAGAUAUGCUCAAUGAAGUACUUGCACCCAAAGUCAACGGAAGCAGGUAUCUGGACGAGCUUUUCCAUGAUCCAGGUCUUGACUUCUUUAUCCUCUUUUCGUCCCUUGGUGUCAUCACUGGAAAUGGCGGUCAGACAAGCUACAAUGCAGCAAAUGCAUACCUCACUGCUCUUGCUGCUCAAAGACAAAGUCGUGGCCUCCCAGCAUCUGUCAUGAAUCUGGGCCCAAUUCUUGGGCUUGGCUAUAUCACCCGUGCGGGUCUGUUUUCGGGAGACGAUAUCGACGAUGUCGGAUUGUAUCCGAUUUCUGAGUCCGAUUUUCUCGAGAACUUUGCGGAGGCUGUAUUGGCAAGCCCAGUCAUUCAGGGAGGCAAUCAUGAAAUCAUUUCAGGACUAAGGGACGUUGACCCUGUCAGCAAUCCGCGGGUCUCCUGGAUUCACAAUCCCCGGUUAUCGCAUCUACAGCUCCAUAAAGGUAGUACUAUUGCUAAUGAGGGAAAUGGAAGCCCCAUGUCAGUCAAGGAGCAGCUACUAGAGGCAAACUGCCUUGAAGACAUGCAGCAUGUUAUUUUGGAUGCCUUCACAAUCAAGCUCUCAGUCAUCCUUCAGCUUUCCAUGGAUAGCAUAGAUACUAUAUCACCACUGAUUGGUCUAGGAGUUGAUUCCCUGGUUGCGCUCGACAUUCGCUCUUGGUUUAUGAAGAGCCUAAGCGUUGAGGUUCCUCUGUUGGAGAUUCUCAGUGGAUCAACAGUCUCCGAUAUUGCCAAUUAUGCGACUCAGCAGCUGCCACCACAUAUUUCGUCAGAUUCAGCCAGGCUUAAUCCUCUUACAUCGGAGUCGCCUUUGGCCCACGGUGGAAAUGACAUAUCUACGCGUUCAAUUAGCUCGACCGGCGACUCAACAUCCACGGAUCAGAUCACGUUGAACGAUGACACAUUAACUCCUCCACUCAGUCCCAGUCUGCCUGAAGAAGGCUUCUCGCCAGGUGACUCUGUUAUUAAAAAUACGGAAGUAUCGGAAGCGCCAGUUGGGAACAUCACGGGCGGAACUCAACUUUCGUCUUGA